UAUUUUCAGGUUUUUAAGAAAUAAACGAAUUCACAAGUAGGUACAAAGCGGACUUUGCUUUUCGUUAGAAUACUGGGUGCCACAGAAACUCCAAAUACUUUUUAUUGACUCAUUUUUGUGGUGGCCAUGAUCACGAAAUAUUGGUAAAAGCGAAAAGUAUGAAUACAACCUUCGGAGUUCAAGCGGUGCACGUGGCUAUGUCAGGUUUAUCCCGACAAACCGUGGAACAUGGCAGCUCGAGCUUCUCUUAAUGGUGUGUGCUGAAAAUACUAAAACUUUAAUUAAAAUUAUCGAUUCCACUAAUUUAAUCAUAUUAAUUUCUGUUUUCAUCAAUGCGGGACGACGUGGCGCUCCACCGUAGCUUUACACUCUUCUCCUAACAGUUAAUAUUAAGGAGCUACGUAGAGGAGGAGAGAGUAUAAAGUUCAUAUGAGAGUAUAAAACUGAUAUGCGUUUAUAAGUUUAUUUGCUUUGGCAUUUAUUUGCGUCUAAGCUUUCGUUUGAGAGAAACAGAAUUUGAUAUCCUCGAAAAAAGCUUAGUUAACUAGGCUACUUCUGCCAGAGCUGGUUAAAAAAGUUCUAACAUAGAUUUAAGACUUCUCACAAAAAACCCAUCUCUGAUCUAAAUAUACUUGUUCUUGAUAUUAACGUAACAUUAGGAAAAUAUGAAUUGAAAUAUAAAAAAAUCCGAAAAUAUUUUUUUUAUCAAAUCACUUCUAUUUUGGUCAGUUAGCGUGUCAUGUUUUAUAGUGACAACAGUUGUCCUGUCUUGAAUUCAAUGGGAAUGGCAAAAUGACCAUCCCACCCUUAAAAACAACAGCUAAAUACCCUCGAAAUUAGAGGGAAACUUCUGCUUUAUUAGUGUCUUCUGUAAAUGUUGAGAGAGAGUUUAAUUGAUAUUUUUAGCUAUGUGCUGGCUGUAAAACGCCGAUCAAGUCUCAUGGCAUGACAUGCGACUCAUGCAAACAUGCCAUAGAAGGAACAAAUUACCACUUCGACGACGGCAAAUUCUACCAUGAAGAUUGCUACCGAAAUCUAAACGCGUAUAAAUGCGACGAAUGCAAACAACAAAUUGACGGCAACGAUAAUUGUUGCAUGUUUCGUGGAAAGCAUUUCCAUCAUGGUUGUUUCUCAUGUACGCAAUGCCACAGACCGUUAUCUGGAGAAGCAUGUAACGUCUUCACAGGGCGAAGGUUCUGUAGGCGUUGUCGUUAGAAACAAACCACGUACCUUCUUUCAUGACUCUUCAUUAUUUCUACCUUUUUGUGAAACAAGGAGCAUCUUAUUUUCAAACAACCUUUGCUCCGACAUCUCUUUCGGGUUUUUUAAAUUGGUUACUUUAUUAAGAAAAUCGAAAACAUGACCGGACAUGAAGGAUGAUCUAUGCAAAGUUAUAAUAGUACUAUAACACAUAAUAAUUCUUGUAUUUUUUUGUUUGGAAAUCUUGUGUUGUUGUGAAGAAAAGAUUCAGAAAAUAUAACGCAUAUUUCUGCAUUUUAGUUCACAGUGCACUUUUUUAGGAAAAAAAAUACGUGAUCAGGGAAUCAGGAUAAAAAAUCUUGAUAAAUAGAGGGUAAUAAAUUCCCUAACAGUAAAUGUAGCGAAAAUAAAAACACAGUUUACAAACCGUUGUUACC